AAAAUUCUAUUUCACAUUGGUUGACCUUAAGCCUAUUACAUUUGCUCGAGACCUGUUAAUGUUCCGCAUGUUGGCCGACUGGGUCACAGAGUCAGACACAAAACGACGGGUGACCGAGGCGGCUCUUGCUUACACUUUCGCCUCUCAGAUCAUGCCGUCCUGGGUUUAUGAUAGACUGAAGAGUGCGAUACGCUGCGUCUCCGACGAACUAAACACAGACGUAUCUCUCAUUAUGGGACGCUUUUGCAUCGACACGGCAACUCGGGGUUUAAUCUCUAGCCAUUAUCGAAAUUGGCAGGAUCCUCUCCAACAUCCAUUCACCACAGGACAGAUCCUCAGCAUUACCGGCAACCAGCUCGCAGAGAGGGACAUGACAACCAGUUCUAACACCAACAUACCUCCACGGCCAUGCGAGCCUGAUAGUCCUGACAGUCUCAGUUUUAAGAACCUAAACUUCAUGCUGCCUCCACUUCCAGUAUUAGAAGAAAACGAACGCGGACUGCUAGAAUUAGCUGGGAGAUUCGGGUACAUGCCCAACUGCCCACCUAUCGGCAAAAUAUUAUUAGAGCGCUAUGUGGAAUCAUACUGGUGGCCGAAUGUGACGCUCCUCGACUUUGAUUAGUAUUCGUCGGGGGAGUACACUUUUGCGCCUCGUAUGAACUUCACACCACAGGAAGUCGUGCGUGAUCUUUACUGGACGUUUAAUCCAGAGGAGACGGGAACAGUUAACUGGUGUGCUUUUGAAUAUCUUACGCACUUCUUCUCUUCAGCGGCUGAGUGGUCUGCAAAAAUCCAAGAACAAACGGUGAUCAAGAUAAUCGUCAAUGAUGCGAUGAACGUCAUGGAAUUGGCAGAACUACAUCUCCUCAAUCAUGAUCAUCCAUCGAUCCCGGAUCGUUACGAUGGUAUAGAUUUGAGUUAUCUGCCGGACAUCAUUGGUGGUCCAUUAGCCACUUUUACUUAUGGAGUCCCAAUUCUUCGUCAUGACAAGAUUUCUGAGUUGAGGUCCUGGGUCUCUUUCAACCCAACCCAAUGGGCCUCACAAGACCAAUUUCUCACCGAAUAUCUUCUUCUGACCGACCGCUCAACGAUAACCAACACAUUUGCAACAACUCUCACGGAUGAAUCCUCUUAUAAAGAGAGAGAUUUUCACGAAAGAAUUUCCAGUAGUAAUGGGUUCUGCCUGUUGAUGCUACAGGCUUUGAGUUGGGUACGCACGAGCAAUAAACCAAUGUGUUGGGAUCAACUUAUGCCUCGAUACGAGUUGAUAAAGUGGUUACACAUGCAUAUUUUGAAACUCUGCCUUCCACCACGCCGACUCAAAGUCAAGGGUCAACAAGUUUAUAUGCCGUUGAAUAUGACAGCAUUCUUCCGUUUAAUUAUACACCUAUCCCGCGUCGGUUACCCGUCACAUUGGUUGUCGGCAGUACUCACAGAAAUAUGUACUGGGCGGAUUUCUAGCCAAGCUAGAGCGCCGAAGGGGAUACUUAUGGACAAGUCUGAAGCUAUGCAUAAACACCCAAAGCGCGACAUGUUCAUCGAGCCAUUUGUAGAAGAGUUCAGAACCCAUUUUGUGAUCUGGAACCAUCUUCUCCCGUUCGGCAUCCUACAGGAUAAGAACCCAUUACAACACAUUGGUACAAUUCGGGAAUACAAGCAGCGCUUUCCAUAUUCCGAUGAUACUCUCUUAACACAUGUCUACCAUCCCGUCAUCGCUCUUAUAUUCUGGAAUGUAAGCCUCAAUGGUGAGAUUCCUCAAGCUGGGUUACGCCAAGCAUUGCUAGAUGAUGAAAAUACCGAUCCAAUGUAUCAAGGUAUUUCUAGUCAUAGCGGACGUGUACACGUUAUCUCAACCGUGAAAAUUGUCACAUCAGCUAUGACUGUGAGUUUCUGGUUUGCUGACGGACCUAUUCAAAACAUUCUUUCUACGGGUAGCCGCUGGGAGGCCUGGCUCUGGGAUACUGGCGACUGGACGCCGAGGUUAGGUCCAGCAAGAGUUGAUCGGAUGACUCUUAUGGCCGGCGAAACAUGGUGAUCAAGUGGUGGACGACAGAUAAUGGAUAAGGGCCAACAAAUCUAUCUGAAGUGGUUAGGGAGUAAACAUCAAGGAUUAACGAACAUAGGAAACAUUUAGUCGUUGAGACGAGGCGAUAAAGUUGACUACCUAGAAAGAUAUUACCUCGAUUUAAUCGACAAUUUCUAUAUCUUCUUUUCCAACGGAUAAGAUGUUUAGGUUAAGAGUCGUGAUAUUAAUGUGAAAAGCUGAGUAGAAGGUCAUAAAUAACCUAAUACUAUCCUCCUAACCUAGACAUGUUAAUAGGC